AUGUCAUUGAAUUCUCAUGACCCCGAUAUAGAGUAUCAAGAUGAAAAGUGCGUUUUUCAGAUUGAAUCUGACACAAUUGACAAUUUUCUCCGCCCAUAUUUUGCUAACGAAGACCGUGUUUCUAAAGUGAAGUGCUGUCGGGCUUACUACACGGUUAUUCUCCUUUAUAGUGGAACUUUAAUUCUUUUCUCGCCAUUGGUACCAGUGUUGCAUGGGAAAGUUUUAUCAGAUAAAGCAGACCCUGUUGUCGAUGUUGCAGCUGGGGAUUAUCACAUUGUGUUUUGCACGAAGUCGGGUUCGGUGUAUUCUUGCGGAUAUAGUAAUCGUUAUGGACAGCUUGGAGACGGCUCGGUUUGGGAUACCCUUCCAAAUUUACAAGACUCUUCUGAACUCGACAAAAGUUGUCGAAGUUGCAGCAUGCCACCCUUGUUAUCAUCCCCGCGCUAUGUCCUUGGGUUCUAUAAUCCUAUCUCCCCAGCGAAGGCGUUAGCUGAGAUCCACAGCAAAGAAGGAUUGGAGCUCAUGAAAGGGUCUGAAAACGAUAAGUGCAGCGCUUCCUCGGGCGUCGACCCCAUCUUAUUCACAACCGACCCGUCAGCGGUGUGUAUUUGUGAAGUGUCGUGCGGCGCUGAGCACACCCUUUUGCUAUCUGCGGCAUUAAACGGGGUUUAUAGUUGUGGUCGCGGUCAUUGUGGGCAGCUUGGUCAUAGGCAGUGCGCGAUUCCCCUACAACCCGUGUUUCGGCUCAUUCCUUUGAGCUUUGGUCUACCAAUAAGGCAGAUCCUUGGAGCCGGACACCACAGUUUUUUUCUAACUCGCACAGGUCGUUUAUUCGGCUUUGGGGAAAAUCAAGCCGGCCAGCUCGGCAUUGGGUUAACGUCGAAUGUGUUUACCCCAACACCGGUGAAAUUUUUAUCCUUGUCGAAUAGUGAAGAAUUAGUUUCUGAAGGCGGGAAGAUAAAUGCUACCGAAGAGGGCGUUCCAUUUAUGAAUAAAUCACCUUCAAAGGGUAAGACUCCUCUAUUGUUGGAUUCCCGAGCCUAUACUACAUUACAUGCACCAUAUGCCUCUGUGGAAAGCAUAUACUACCCGCUUCGCACAAAGCGCCUAGAGGUGGAGCUCGAACCUGAUAACCCUUUUAUCGAGGCGAUAUGGGGCUGCUCAACCAUCACCAUUGUCCUGACAAAACAACUUGAUUGGCUAUCGUGCGGGCUUCCCAUCUCGCGCUCCUGGGCCCAUCAAGAUAGAGGUAAGGGUGCAAACUCCAGGAGUGAUCCUCACGGAUUGUACGCGCCCCGUCAUGACGGGUAUGGGGCUCUGGGAAGGCCGAUAUUGCGUGUGGAAGACGCAUGGCUUUUUGGUCGCAUGUCCUGGAGCGUGGCGAUAAGGUGGGCUAUGCACACACUUAUCGGUAUGAACGCAGAAAACGCGACAACCCCUGCGUCGGAGCCCGUUGUAGCCUCUGUGAAAAGGGAAGGCUUGCUGAUAAGCUAUCCAGGGAGCGACAUAAACAUAGAAUGCUUAAGCUAUCCUCAUCUAAGUCUCGUAAGGCUUAGACAGAGGCAAGUAGACCUUAACCGACCAGACGCAGAAUCCAAACACACCCUGAAAAAAAUGGACUCUUUAAUUUUUAUAGAAAGCAGUGUUUGCGAUGCAACAUUUGAGCGUAUUAUACCAAUGAAUUUUAAGCAAAAUGAAAGUACUAUUUUUAAUUCGACGAUGUCUAUUAACCAUUCUAAUUAUGUAGCACAACCGCUUUUAAUGACUACACACUCGUUUUUAAAAAAAAAGAAGAAAGUGUAA